GGGCGGUUGCUGCCAAAGAGGAAGUGAGCUGGGGCAGUAGCGAUGGCCCGGGGCUGGAACUCGGGGCCACCUCCGCCUCCGCCAGCGCACUGGGAGCAGCCGCAGCCGCAGCCGCAGCCGCGGCCGCAGUGGAAGAGGGCGCAGGAGUCGCGGCCGGAGUGGAGGAGGCGCUUGUGAGUUGCCGAGAGUAGCCGGUGCCGGAACACCUCAAACUCUGGGCGGGAGUUCAGGUGGGCUGAUUCUGCUGUCGCCACUCCGCACCGGCGCCCCCUCCCAGGCCUAGACAACAGGGCUGGGGUCUCCCCGGGCGCUGGACUGGCUCCUCUCAGUCUGAGCCCUCCACGCCGAUCUUGGACUUUCUGCAAACUCAGGACGGAAGCUGGAGGACAGUGAGCACCCCCGAUCCGGGCAUUUUCUUGUCGCCCGGACUGUGUCCUGGUUGUAGCAACUGGGUCCCCCCUCCUGCUGCCACCUCUCCAGCUAGGGAGGCACUAGCGCCUUCCCCCUGUCUCGUCUGCGCCCCUCCCUCUCCUCCUAUUCAAGAACAAAUUUGUUAUCCCUCUCCACUGGGAAUCCUGUCUAGGAAGUCUAAAACACCUGUCAUUAGCAGGGCUGAGAAUCAGUCGUUCUUAACUUGGCUUUUUAUCCCCUUUGGGAGAUAAAAGUUGUCCCCUUAACACCCUCGUAACUGACACUUCACACCCAGGACCUUAUUCAUUUGGAUCGCCAGCUCUCUGGCCAUAUCUGUGUGACUUUCCCCCACCCAACUGAGUUCCAGUUUCCCCUGGGCUCCAAUCUCCAGCUUCCAGUAGAUCUGGUUAGUCCCACCCCUGGGUGGGAGUGACCAGGGGGCUCUGGCCCAGGAUCCUCCACCCUGGAAGGCAGCUCCAAGGUAGCAAGAGAAUUAGGCGUCGGAUACGAACCGGGGAGCUCAGGAGUGGGUGCUCCACUCACCCCACACAAGAAGAUGAAAAAGCGUAAAGAGCUCAAUGCAUUGAUUGGCUUAUCUGGAGACGGCCGGAGAAAGAAGCCCAAGAAAGGCUCAGGCCACCGCCUGCUUCGCACUGAGCCUCCUGACUCCGAUUCUGAGUCCAGCUCGGAGGAGGAAGAGGAAUUCGGUGUGGUUGGAAACCGUUCUCACUUUGGCAAGGGAGACUAUUUACGAUGCUGCAAGAUCUGUUAUCCCCUCUGUGCUUUUGUCAUCCUUGCCGCCUGUGUCGUGGCCUGCGUUGGCUUGGUGUGGAUGCAAGUUGCUCUGAAGGAGGAUCUGGAUGCCCUCAAGGAAAAAUUUAGAACAAUGGAAUCUAAUCAGAAAAGUUCAUUUCAAGAAAUUCCCAAACUUAAUGAAGAACUACUCAGCAAACAAAAACAACUUGAGAAGAUCGAAUCUGGAGAGCUGGGCUUGAACAAAAUCUGGAUAAACAUCACAGACAUGAACAAGCAGAUUUCUCUGUUGAAUUCUGCAGUAAACCACCUCAAAGCCAAUGUUAAGUCAGCGGCAGACUUAACUAGCCUGCCUGCCACUGUAGAGGGACUUCAGAAGAGCGUAGCUUCUAUUGGCAGUACUUUAAACAGUGUCCAUCUUGCCGUGGAGGCAAUGCAGAAAACUGUGGACGAACACAAGAAGGCUAUGGAGUUACUACAGAGUAAUAUGAAUCAGCACUCCUUGGAGACCAGGGGAAGCAACCAGAUUAUUCCAUCACCUUCAGCUCCAUCAGAACUUGACAAUAAAACCCACAGUGAGAAUUUGAAACAGGAUAUCCUGUACCUUCACAACUCUUUAGAGGAGGUAAACAGUGCCCUAGUGGGGUACCAGAGACAGAAUGAUCUUAAACUCGAGGGGAUGAAUGAGACAGUCAGUAAUCUUACCCAGAGAGUCAACUUGGUAGAAACAGAUCUGGUUGCUAUGAGCAAGGUAGAAAAGCAAGCAAACCUGUCCUUCAGCAUGAUGCGUGACAGAGCUGCCACUCUAAAAAGAGAGUCUUUGCACCAGGUAACCAGCAGAACAGAUACAGUAAAAACCCAAAGUAUGAAGAAAGAAGAUAGUUCAGAUGCUCAGGUAUCCAAGCUAAGAGAAAAACUACAGCUGAUCAGUGCUCUCGCCAACAAACCUGAAAGCAACAGGCCUCCAGAGACCACCCAUGAAGAGCAAGUACAGAGUGUCACAUCAAAGCCAUCGGCAUUGCCAGAAUUUCCACAGUCUCUUGGAGACCACACUGAGAAAGCUGCCCAGCUAAGACCUGUCUCCCUACCAGGAAUUUCUAGCAUCAAAGAUCUUCAGGAUUUUUUCCAUAAGACUGGCCAGAACAUGGAUGGGAAGCUGACCUACCAGGAAAUUUGGAACUCCUUAGGUUCUGCUGCACCAGCACCAGAGAGUUUGAGAGAGUUUGAUGCUGAUGGAGAUGGAAGAUACUCAUUCCUAGAGCUAAGAGCAGCUUUAGGUGUCUAGCCUCACUGGGCAUAUUUAGAAAUGGAUAUAUACCCUGGGCUACCUAAUAUCUACUCACAACCCUUCUAUUUACCUGUCAGUCCUCCAGUCCUCCAAACUGCUGUAGGAGACACAUUACCACCUUUUAACUUGUUGGGGAAAGUUAUAUAAAUAUUAUUUUUUUAAAAAAGAUCAUUUUACUUAUGAUAUUAGAAAUCUGUGAUUUCCUGAAACCAGUAAGAUCUUAAUUCUAAAAUUGCCAGAAUAAAAGUCCAGCCCUCUUUCUUUCUCUUUCCUUUUUUUUGUAAGGGAAGGAGACCCUAUCUUUUAGAACUGGAAAAUGUGUAUAUAGUAAGAAUAAGCCACCUUUUAUAUUUCACAUAAAUUUGCCUUAAAUUAGCUGCACUUUACACAGGACAGGCUCAGAGAAUGUCUUUUCUUUAAAAGAUAGACUUUUUCUGUUUGUAAAUAUUUAAAAUGAAAGAAAGAAUUCUGCGUAUUUUAUGAGAAGUAGGAGGAAUGGUUUGAAACAAGAUGUGAACAAAAUUACUUAUUAGUAAAAAUUGUUCAUCUGAUCUGGUAGCAGCUAAAACUAGGUCCAUGUCUCCCUCCUCCCGGCAUCUCCUUUAGGUGCUGCCAUGGGAUUUGGUCUGGUGGCUGGAGGAGUAUAUUUAGAGAAUAGAUACUAUGGGGACAGUGUAGACUCCAGGCUCAGGAAAGAAAGAUCUGGCUCUUUGUUUCUGUCCCCUUAGCUAGUCCCGACCUGUGAACCAGAGAAGUUUUAUUGGGGACUUUUCUCAUUUUCAAUCCUGAUUUGGGGUUUAUGAGCAUGAAAGCUACACUUCCUCCCUGAGUGACCUAGAUUAUCUUCCCUCACCCUCAAACUCCAGUCCCCUACUCCAACACACACACACACACACACACACACACACACACACACACACACACAUUCAAGUUUUAAAGCUAUAGCUGACUUCCACCUCUGACACUAUAUCCAUUCUGAAUGGCAGGGCUGAAGUCCUUUGGCCACUGUCUCAGCCUGGCUGCCCAGGAGUUUUAGAGGAGGGCGAUGCCUCUAACUCUGACCCAGGAAAUUCCUUGAGAUUUUACCUGGGAGCUAACCAAGAACUGGAUUUGUUCCUAUGGGGGCUAAGACCAAAAAGGUUGUGAACCUAUUAGGUUUCUUUAUAAUUAUCAGGUCAGAAGUAGAAGCUUUAUGUCCAGAGAAUGCCACAAAAAAAAAAAAAAAUAGCAAACAGGCCUGGAACAUUGGGCUUCACAUGAUGGUAGCAAGAGUUCUCAAAUCGGAACACAGGCAAGUGCAAUACUUUGCCCUUGAAAUGCUUCUGUAGGCCUGGUACUAAAAGACCCUGGACUGGAAGGAAGUAUAUCUCCAUGUCACCUGUGUGUGUGGUGCAUUGUUCUCAGGAGCCUUUGGACAAAA